AUGGCGGAACCCUCGUCACCGUUGCCGAUUUCGUCAGUAGAAAAGUUGCGCGUGGAGGCUUCGUAUGGCUCUUUUGAAGAUUUGGAGAAAGCUCUUGAUAAAUAUAAAGAGACAAGCUUGACUGUUUUCGUGAGAAAAAGCUCGAGGACCACUCAGGCCGCCAACGCUCGCCUCAAAACCGACGAGGACAGAUAUGACCCGAGGCUGAAAUAUGCGUAUGUACGUUGGUGCUGCAAACAUGGCGGGAAUCACAAAACUUCCAGUACGGGACAAAGGCCACAUCAAACGACCUACAAGCUUGGCUGCCCGGCCGCAAUCUUUGCGACUGCGGAUCGCAAUUCAAGCCGUCUUGUGAUAAAAACCUUGAAUGAUACCCACAACCACGCUGUAAGCAGUGACAUUUACAUGCACUACCCUGUAAAUCGUGAAGUGGACGAUAAGCUGAAAGCUGUUUGUCGUGUCAUGUACAACCUAAAAGUGCCUGCAGGGGUUUUCCGAGAUAAACUGAUUGAGAUAUCUGGAAAAGAAUUUACAGCUAAGGAUAUCUUAAAUCUCAAGUCAAAGAUCCGAAUGGACAACUCAGACAGUGGUUCAAAGCUGAACCUACUUGUUACAGAACUAGAAGCCAUCCUUGAGCAGUUUCCAGAUGCAUUCAUCCGUUUGAAGAUAAGUGAGGUGGGCCUAGUUGAAGCGAUUUUCAUUCAAAUGCCUGUGAUGAGGGAUUCGUUCAUAAAGUUUCCGGAAGUGUGUUUCCUCGAUGCUACAUACAGGGUAAAUGAACAUAAAAUGCCACUGUUCACGUUGAUGGUCGAGGAUGGACUUGGUCACAGUAUCCCUGCAGCACAUUUCCUGGUGCCUGCAGAAGAUCAGGAAAAUAUUGAUCAUUGUUUUGAUUUGUUCAAGCAGUCGUUGCCAGAGGGAAUGCUUGACAAAACAACGUGUGUGGUCAUUGACAAGGACUUAAAAGAAGUGAAUACGAUCAAGAAAUUCUUUCCCGGUGCCACAAUCCAUCUGUGCUUAUUUCAUGUGCUGAGAUGUUUCCAAAGGGCCACAAAAGACAUUCCCGUUGCAACUAAAGAAGGCGUACGGAAAGUAUUAGAAAACAUGGCUUUUUGUAGUGAAGAAACUCAGUAUGAUAAACUUUACGAUCAACUGAAGGAACUAGCCCCAGAGACAUUCCUUACAAAGUUUGCCAAAAAUUGGGACGAAUGCAAAGAAAUGUGGUGUUUUUGCUGGCGAAAGAGGACAAUGAACCUUGGUAACAAAACGACUAAUCGUCUAGAGUCCUUUCAUCAGAAAUUGAAGAUGAAUUUGAAUAGCUCAAAAACUCUGGCAGAAUGUAUCCAUGAAUUGGUACAGCUUUCAGAAACCAAAAAAGGCCAGAUCAAACAUAAGACUAAUAUUGGGUCUUGCUCCAUUUCCUAUGAUGCCACUGAGCUGUCAGCCGAAGGUCAUGCUAUAUACGAGACGUGUUCACCAUUUGCAGCAGAGAAAAUUGUUGUGGAGCUAAAAGGCAUGAGGAGAAUGCAUACUACCUUUAAAUCUACGCCCUUGAAAGGAAAUGGCUAUGCUGUGCAGUCUGCAAGUGGAGGAAGUGUCUUCAGUGUUUGUAGCGACAUGAAAACAUGUAGUUGUCACUUUUUCAAGAAUCAUGGUUUGCCCUGUCGACACAUUUUCUUUGUUCGGAAGGUUGAAAGUACUGAACUGUUCAUUCCAGAUCUUGUAUCGCGACGAUGGAGGAAAGAAUAUCAGACUGCAUCAGUUGCCACUGUCCCGCUUCCUGUUCCUGCAACAAUGCACGACAAUGUCGUGUUAACCGUCCAGGCUACCGCCAGCAAAACGAAGAAGACAUUAAACAGGUGUCAAAAGUACAGGGAAGCCUUAGGUGUUUGCAAAGAAAUAGCUUCAGUAAUUUGUGAACAUGGACAAGAUGUCUUCAAUGGAUACAUUUCAAACCUCAAAGACUUCAAAGCUUGUGUUUUAGGUGGGAAGGAAGUUGACAUUCUCGAUGUUAAUGCAGGUCCGUCUUGUGAUCCACAGCUCACAAACUCACUCAUGUCUGUUGCUGAAGUUCAUACUGGUAUGUCUUGUGUGCCUGAAAUUUCUGAAGAAGACACGCUUUGCCCUGAGGAUUUAACAUGUCAUCAUGAUCUCAACAACAACGAUGUCGAUCCAAGCAAGUCUUCUGUGCAGCCAGAUAAGAGCCUGAGAGAUACUAGUAUGCCAGAUGAUCUGUCGUACUACGGAGAAUGUUACAGUGAUUCACAGUUAGAUAUUGAUACAAAUGUACGGAGUCGUGCCCCAAGUGAGAAACAAGGAAACGCUUGUUUUUUUACCGUGUUUAGGAUCAGCAUCAAGUACCCAGGUUACCAGUAAUCUGCCCGUGAAUGCCCAUU